AUGUACCGCCCAGCAGGACAGACGAUCUCGCCUGACGAAUGGCUACGGCCGCGCCGCUCGACCGAUCCCGUAUGCCGCAGACAAUGGGCCAUGCUCUGCCCUUCAAUCAUUGCCGCGCGAAUUGCGAAUGUUACUAAUGCGGCGUGUCUCCGUGGUGCAGCCACAAAGCCUGGAUUCGACGCCGUGGGUCCUGGGUUCGAUUCGCACACGGGACAAGAUAAAGUUCUG